AUGGUGUGGCAGGCAAUUGUUUAUUUAUCAUCGGCCACUGUUAAGGACAACAGUGAUGGCCGUUUUAUUGUGGAGGCACUUAAUAGGCAGCUACUGUUGCCUCCUGUAAAGGAGCAGACAGUUGCAGCCAUGCCUACUGUGGGAUUUGAUCCUAGGCGCUUCAAUCCAACUUAUUUUGAUGAUUUGAAUAUUGACAAUACAGACAGUAACCUUCAUAUUGAUGGAGCAGUUGCAAAAGUGGCAUCUCUAUCAUUAAAUGAUAAUAGUAGAAAAGUUGUCAACUGGAAACCAGAGAGUACCCAUAAGUGCCUUCGAGAACUUAUAGCUUGUAUCCUUCAAACUGGAGAUGUUAAUUCUUUAUUACUCUCUGUUCAAAAUAUUAUACCUCUGCAAGAUGAUCACGGAAACUCUUUACUCCAUAUAGCAGUCAGUAGCCAGAAUGUUAACUUGAAAAUAAUCCAACAUUUGUUAAAUGUCAUUUCAGAAGAUGUUGUGAAUUUGAAGAAUAAAUGCAAAGAGACAGCACUUCAUUUAGCUGUAAAACUAAACAAGGAAAAAGUAUUAAAACUUCUUCUCCAGAAGGGAGGAGAUCCAAACAUACCUAACCAAGAUGGAAAUAAUUGUUUGCAUAUAGCAGCAAAAAGUGAUUUUGUUUUAUGCAUGAAAGAACUACUGCAUGCAACAAAAUGUUCUUAUUUUCAUGCUCUGAAUGCCCAUAAUUACGAAGGUCUGGCUCCCUUGCAUGUUGCAGUGAUGAAUGAAUCCCUAAAAUGUGUGGAUUUAUUACUGCAAGCCGGAGCAAACGUGAAUAUCAUUGAAAAGAAAGGUGGUCAGACACCUCUUCACAUGGCUGUUCAGACCCAAAUAAGUGUCAUUCAGCUUUUGCUAAAAAAGCCUGAAAUUGAUGUGAAUGCUGAAGACUUUAGAGGAAUAACACCGCUUCAGUUAGCAUAUGUAAAAUUAAAUGGAGUUGAAAAUGAAGGCUGUGUGGACACAAUAAUUAAGUACCCUGCUGAAGAUUUGUACAGAGGAUUAGAAAUUUUGAAGGUAUUAAGAAAACAAACAAAUGAAGAAUUAAUGAAAACUGAAGACAAUAAAAAUGUGAUUGAAAGAAGUCAAAGUGUAGAUUCUUGCAAGGAAAAGGAAUUAUGUUGCUUAUUAGAUACCAAUUUCAAGUGGAGAAAACUUGGAGAAGUUUUGGGUAUGGAUGAAGGUGGGUUGCAAAAUAUGCAGAAAUGUUGUUCUCAGCCAACAAAAAUGUUACUAAUGUUUAUCAAGAGAAAAUAUGAUAACUAUUGCGACACUUUAAUGAAAUGUCUUCAUAUUGCGGAACUUACAGAUGCCAUUGAAAUACUCAACAAAAGUUCUGAUAAUAUUGGAAAUUAAUGAAGUGAUUAAAAAGUGAAUGAAAUGCUAGGAAAGUGUCAGUGAAAUACUGUGCAAGUUUUCUUCAAUGAAUUGUUUUCCUAACCAUUAUAGGACUUUUUUAAAUUUUCAUAUUUCAUUUAAUUUCGAAUGUAUUUAAUGACUCAUUUUUUACAUUCCUUUGCCUGGUGAAACAUUUUAUGUUGUAAAAAAGCAUUCAAGAGCUUUUAUCUAUCUUUUUUUAAAGUUUACAAACACUUGUGAUUGUAUAUGUACUGUAGAAAGAAUAAAUUAAUUAAAACAUCAUA